AUGCAGCACAAUCAUUCACCCACCUGUCUGUCUCUCUCUGUGUUUGUGAACGUUCAGGUGCAGAAGCAGGUCCACCCAAACCUCCUGGCGAAGGAGGAUGCCCUGCAGCACAUCGAGGAGCUGAUCCUGCAGCUGCUGAACAUGCUGUGCGUGGCUCAGCCUCGCUCCGUGCAGGACGUGGAGGAACGGGUCCAGAAAACUUUCCCCCACCCGAUAGAUAAGUGGGCGAUCGCAGACGCUCAGUCAGCCAUCGAGAAACGCAAGAGGAGAAACCCCUUACUGCUCCCCGUGGACAAGAUUCACCCUCUGCUGAAGGAGGUUCUGGGCUACAAAGUGGACUACCAUGUGUCUCUGUACAUCGUGGCCGUGCUCGAGUACAUAUCAGCAGACAUCCUGAAACUGGCAGGGAACUACGUCGGCAACAUUCGGCACUAUGAAAUCAGCCAGCAGGACAUCAAGGUGUCCAUGUGUGCCGACAAGGUGCUCAUGGACAUGUUCGACCAGGAGGAGGACAUCGGUUUGAUGUCUCAGUGCACGGAGGAGCCGUCGUCCUCCGGAGAGCUCACGUACGACGACCUGGUGAGGCUUGAGAUCGCGGAGGAGCGUCAGUACCUGCGAGAGCUCGACCUCAUCAUCAAAGUGUUCCGCAAUCACUUCCUGUCCAACACGAAAAUCUUCACGCCGCAGGACGUGGAGGUGAUCUUCAGUAACAUCCUGGACAUCCACGAGCUGACGGUGAAGCUGCUCGGACUGAUCGAGGAUGCUGUGGAGAUGACGGCCGACGGCAGCCCUCAUCCUCUGGUGGGCAGCUGCUUUGAAGACCUGGCAGAGGAGCAGGCGUUUGACCCCUACGAGACGCUGUCCCAGGACAUCCUCAGUAAGGACUUCCACGAGCACUUCAACAACCUGAUGGCACGGCCGACCGUCGGGCUCUACUUCCAGUCAGUCGCAGAGGGAUUCAAAGAAGCAGUCCAGUACGUCCUCCCUCAGCUGAUGAUGGUCCCAGUUUACCACUGUAUGCACUACUUUGAGCUUCUACAGCAACUUCAGGAGCGCAGUGAAGACCAGGACGACCGAGAAUGUCUGAAACAGGCGAUCACAGCGCUGCUAAACCUUCAAUGUAGCGUGGAACGCAUCUAUGCCAAGCACCUGCCUCGCCGUAAACCCGGUGAGCCCAUGUACCGCCUCUACAGCAGGCAGGUUCGUAGCAAACAACUCGCCAUCAAACGCAUGAACGAGAUCCAGAAGAGCAUCGACGGCUGGGAGGGCAAAGACAUCGGCCAGUGCUGCAGCGAGUUCAUCCUGGAGGGGCCGCUCAUACGAGCCGGCGCCAAACACGAGCGGCACAACUUCCUGUUUGACGGCCUCAUGAUCAGCUGCAAGGCCAAUCAGAGCUCCCGGCUCCCGGGGUCGGGCAGCGGCGCGGAGUACCGCCUGAAGGAGAAGUUCGUCCUGAGGAAGAUCCGCAUCGUGGACCGCGAGGACUCGUCGGAGCUGCGGCACGCCUUUGAACUCAUAGGAAAAGACGAGAACUGCGUGGUUUUCUGCGCACGGACAGCGGAGGAGAAGGCGGCGUGGAUGGCGGGGCUGGUGACUCUGCAGUACCGCUCCACUCUGGAUCGUAUGUUGGACACGGUGCUGCAACACGAGGAGCAGGCGCACCCUCUAAGACUGCCCUCCCCGGAGGUUUACCGCUUUGCCGUUCAGGACUCUGAGGAGAAUAUCGUGUUUGAGGACAAGAUGCAGAGCAAGACCGGAAUCCCGCUCAUCAAGGCCGGGACCGUGGUCAAACUCAUAGAGAGACUCACAUACCACAUGUAUGCAGAUCCUAACUUUGUGCGAACAUUUCUCACCACAUACCGAUCGUUCUGCAAACCACAGGAGCUCCUCACGCUGCUCGUAGACAGGAUUGAGAUCCCGGAGCCAGAACCGACCGAGGAGGACCGACAGGCUCUCUGGAACGGAGACCAGCCAAUGGCGGCCGAGCUCCAGAGGUUCAGGAAGGAGUACGUGCAGCCAGUCCAGCUCAGAGUUCUCAACGUUUUCCGUCAGUGGGUCGAACAUCAUUUCUACGACUUUGAGAACGAUCCAGAGCUGAGGAGUCGGUUAGAGGAGUACAUCACCAGCAAGAUCCAACUGAGAGGUAAAUCCAUGAGGAAGUGGGUGGAGUCCAUCAACAAGAUCAUCAGGAGGAAGCUGCAGACGCAGUCCAACGGGAUCAGUCACAACAUCACCUUCGAGAGCCCGCCUCCUCCCAUCGAGUGGCACAUCUGCAGACAGGUGGAAUCCUUCGACCUCAUGACCCUCCAUCCCAUCGAGAUCGCUCGCCAGCUCACUCUGCUGGAGUCCGAGCUCUACAGAGCUGUGAGGCCUUCUGAGCUCGUCGGCAGCGUCUGGACCAAAGAGGACAAAGAGAAGAACUCGCCUAACCUCCUCCGCAUGAUCCGCCACACCACCAACCUCACGCUGUGGUUCGAAAAGUGUAUUGUGGAGACGAUGAACCUGGAGGAGAGGGUGGCGGUGCUUUCGAGGGUCAUCGAGAUUCUGCAGGUUUUUCAGGAGCUCAACAACUUCAACGGCGUGCUGGAGGUGGUCAGCGCCAUCAACUCUGUCCCGGUCUACCGGCUGGACCACACCUUUGAGGCAAUACCAGAGAGGAAGAAGAGAAUCCUGGAAGAAGCCGUGGACCUGAGCCAGGACCACUUUAAGAAAUACCUGGCCAGACUCAAGUCAAUAAACCCGCCCUGUGUGCCUUUCUUUGGUAUCUAUUUAACCAACAUCCUGAAGACGGAGGAAGGUAACCCAGACUUCCUCAAACGCCACGGUAAGGAGCUGAUCAACUUCAGCAAGAGGAGGAAAGUGGCCGAGAUCACCGGGGAGAUCCAGCAGUAUCAGAACCAGCCGUACUGUCUGAAGGUGGAGCACGAGAUCAGGGGGUUUUUCGAGAACCUGAAUCCGAUGUGCAACAGAAGCGAGAAGGAGUUUGCAGACUACCUGUUCGAUAUGUCUCUCGAAAUCGAGCCACGGAACUGCAAGCAGCCCCCCAGAUUUCCCAGGAAGACCCAGUACACUCUGAAGUCCCCGGGGAUCCGGCCUGUACGAACGUCUACCUCUGGUACCCUGAAGAACCACCCCGUCCCCCUGGAGAGAGAGCCUCCGCAUAAAAUCACCUUCCGAAGCAUCGCCGAGACCGAGCCGGAGACGCCGGCGUCCGCUUCGGUGCCCACAUCCCCGAACACGCCGACCCCCCCUCAGUCCGCCUCCUCGGACCUCAGCUCAGUGUUCAUGGAGCCCGACCUCAGCAGCUCGUACGGCGGUAGCAACUCCAUAUUCGCUCCAGUUCUUCUUCCACCUUCAAAGUUCCAGUCCGUGUCGUGCGGCAGCCUCCAUCAGCUCGGGGAGGAGCUGCUGAAGCCGCCUCCUCUGCCGCCACGAAGGAAAGACGCCAUGUCUGAAGCCAAACUGAGCUCCAGGUCCGACAGCCCCCCGGCCAUCCCUCCCCGGCUGCCCCCUCCUCUACCCAGGAUCCAGCCUCGACCGCUGGUCUACAACGGCCCCCCCAUGGACGGCCCCCUGCCCAGCCCUCCACCCCCUCCGCCCCGCGACCCCCUCCCCGACACGCCUCCCCCCGUGCCCCAGCGGCCCCCGGAGAUCUUCAUCAACUACCCGCUCAACCUGCAGCCCUCCCCGGUGGGCCGCUACCACUGGGACUUCAGCAGCUCCCCGAGCUCCCCCAACACCCCGCCCAGCACGCCGUCGCCCCGCGUCCCCCGGCGGACCUGCCCGCUCAGCGCCAGCCAGAACAGCCUCUGCCCUCUCCCCGUCCCCAUCACCGCCCCGCCUGUCCCCCCACGCCACAACUCCAGCCCACAGCUUCCCAAACUCCCACCAAAGACAUACAAAAGGGAGCUGCUGCAGCCGCCGCUACAAGGCCUCUCAUUGGUGGAGAACGCCGACAGCAGCCAGUGAGUCUGCGUCACUUUUUUUAACACCUUGAACUGUCUUCUGCAAACUACGACACAGUGGACUACUCAGCUACUGAUCAGAAAUAACGAAACCUACCGCUCCACACGCCCCACCUGCUGCCCGCCCCUCCGCAUCGACCAAUCACCUCCCUCCGCUGUGCCUCUCAGGGGAUCAGUAGCUCCGCCUUCAUCUGAAACCCUCUGUGCCAAUGAGAAACCCACACCAGUGUGCCAGCUAAUAAACAACAACAAGGAUCUGUUUGUGUCUGUGUGUCGAGUGCAGAGCGGGACUGUCUGAUGAAAGUUCUCACCCCUCACACUCGUUACUCCCCCACCCUGACUCCGCCCCCCUUUUAUUACGAAGGGGAGGAAGUGGGCGGGGCUUAGGAAUUUGUAGCCUCAACUGUCAUGCUUUAGUUUCUUUGGGCAUUGACGUCCCGUGGAGUCCUGCUGCAGCUCACAGACCUUCACCACCUCCUCUCUCUCUCUUGUAGCUCCGUCAGCGUGUGUGAGCAGCAGACUUUAUUUUCCUACAAACAGUUGCCAAAGUCUUAUUUUAUGCAGGGGGAUAAGGGAUUUUCUUUUUUUAAACAAAUGUGACGUUGAAAGAAACGCGUCAAAGGAAGACACUGAAUCCCCCACACCUCUCUGAACACUGUGACUGUAACGACGGGAGUCAAACUUGUCUGACUGUUGUCGUGUCUGAAGACGGGGCCGCUCUCUCUGCAGCCACUAAAAAUGUUGCCUUUUAAAAACAAAAAAAUCCAACAGCGGUGACCUCUGACCCCCCCUGCCUCCAGUCCUCUCUGAGACGAGACGGUCGAGAGGCGAGAACACUCCAUUUGCACAUCGAGUUUUUUGGGCAGGAGACGUCCCUCUCUGCGGCGUCCGAGGAAACCGCCACGAUUUCAAAAACAGCACCGAUCGAGGAGACGAGAAAAAGUCGUCUUCACAAAUGUCUUAACCCGAUCCGUGCAACGCUGUCUUGACACUGUGCUCUUUUUGUUUUUUUUUCAAACUCACGACCAACUCUUCUUCUUCUUUGGUAUUCACACUCAGCACUAGAAAGCCUGCAGUCUCCCCCACCACCACCACCACCACAGCUGGGACAGCUCCCCCUAGUGGCUGCCCUUGAAAUACCUUAAAAACACACCCAUGAAAAAGAGGAACUUUUAACCCUUCUUCUUCUUCUUUCUCUUGAAUUUCUUUUUCUCUCCUGCUUGAAAACAUUUAGUUUCUCUUUGGAAAGACUGAAAUAACCCCUGCAUCACGCUCAGAUGUGCCUUUUAUUUUGUUUUCUACUUUACAGAAAUAAGCAAAAUGGUGUCUAAAAUGCUAAAAAAUAAAGUUGCCUAUGUAAUGUUAGAACAAAGCUAUACACUAUGAAAUUGUACAUGUUUGUGGAUACUGUGUAUAUAUAACAUGUAUACACUAACUAAAUAAUUUGUAUAAAGUGACAAGGUUUUUUUCCCCUGUUGUAUUGUACUCUCAUCCGCAUCUGUUCAGUUGAAUAUUGCCUAAUAAUCCAAUGCUGCUACAGUCGGAUAAAAAAAUGUUAAAAACAGAAACAAACAGGUCACCGUCACUAACGUACUUACAGACAAUCUCCAGUGAACUCUGGGAGUAUUAACUGAGGAAGCCAUUUUUCUCCCCCCCCCACCCCCCCGGCCCCGCCGCUGUUUAAAGCAAUGAAAGAAAAACACACAGUUCAAUAUGCCAAGCACUUACUGAGACGUGUGCUUCACUUUGUACAUCCUACUAAUGGCCUUUUCCAAGAUUUUUUAAAGCUACCCGUCAUGAAACAGAGGGGGAAUGGUGUUAAAGUCACAGGCGGAUAUUAUCCUGGAUUCAGUUGCGAGUAUUUGAGCUUCGUGAAGAAUUGGAUGUUUUUUUUUGUUUUUCUCUGAUACACACUUUGUGCACUUUAGGCUGUACUGUUGAAGAGCCGCGGUUGUUAUAGGUCAUGUUUGUAAAAAAAAAGAAAAGAAAUGCAAUGGUCCUAUGCAACUGUUCCAACUCUCUUUCUAUGAGGAGAGACGCAUGAGUCCGCCGCCGCCGCCAACGCCGCAGCCACCGCCACCACCGCCGCCGCCGCCUCACUUUAACCCCCGUGAUGUUUGUAGAAGUCAGAAACACCCGAGGACGACUGAGCAACACGAGCGAGCUGGCUUCCCGCUACAUUUGUAAAACAUAGCCCUUCCUCCUCCUCCUCCUCCUCUUCCUCACAUUCGUCACCAAACUAGAGAUGGAGGAUUUUUAUGAACACAUGAAGUCAAACACACUUCAUUCUUUGCUCCCCCGUUCUCCCGAGUCAGUAUUGGGAACGUUUGUUUUGUUGUUAUUCUUUCACCCCAGCCUGGACAGAAUAACAGAUUUGGUUUUUCCUCUGGUGGCACUGUAACAGCUUGAUCCAGCAGUCGGUUUAUUUGAUGGUAUGUGGCCUUUUAACUGCUUUGUAUUAAUGGUCUUGAUGAGAUUAAUAAAUCACCCAGUCUUAUUUUGUACUGAA